UAAAUUCUAGUUCGAUGUUUUUAGGUCAAGCCUUUGAUUUAACAAGACUUUCUUUCUGAUGACCGUAUUCUUUCUACUGUUCUUGUUGCUUGCACUAAGAAGCCAAAAAGCGCUGGGAAACAUUAUAAUAAUUUAUUUACAUUUUAUACUGUUUACCUUCACACAUCUGCUUCAUCUGCUCUCUAGACCUUUAAAGACGCUCUAUCGAAAAAUCGAUCUUCGACCUCGGACCAGUCAGCAAACCAGUAAUCCUGCUGCUCGACGUCGAUUACUCUGGCCUUGAUAGACUGCUACUUUUUUUUAUUUCAGGAACUGAGUCCAGUUAGGCAGUUGUCAACAGGCUGAGCGAGAAAACAAGUCGUCGCUUCAACUUGUUACGUGGAGCUCAUAAUACAAACGUUCAAACGUUACCGUACUGAUAAAAGACUUUUGAUUUGCUUUGGAAGUUCGGUUUUCCUCGGUGUUUCCAGACAGAAAUGUUAUUUGGAUACGAAUCCCCCCCAAGCACCAUGAACAUGUGAAACUUGACUCUCCAGUAGGCAGAUGCAAGUCCCAGGCUGGAUUGAAUGGCACUGAGGAUACAAGCUUUGAGAAACACCAAGGGAAGACUUGUUUUGCACUCAAACAGUUUACGAUUGAAGGCCAUGGAUUCCAUCAUAAGUGUGGGCCUACAGUUACACUUCAGGGCCCAGAGGAAAAAGCCCUGAAGUGUGGAUGGGGGAGGCAAUAGGAGCAAGGCAUUCUACAGGUUUCUUUGCACACAUUGACCUCAAGACUGCGACUCAGUGGGAGUACUGCAAUGACUAGCCAGCAUCCUAGCCAUGCAGAGAGUUCUCACUCCACAAAAAAACAGCCACCCGCUGUGUCCCCCAUGCUCCAUGUCCAGCGAUCGCCUUCAAAGGAGACCAUCACCAUCCACUUCUCAGCUUUUGGGAAGGAGGAAGAGGAGGAGGAAGAAGAGCUGUACAUGACAACUGUCUCCACUACCUCAGCUGCUCAGGAUGACUCAAAUAUUGUGACAGCCUUAGAAGCAAGGGAGGAGAUGUUCGAAGGGGUGCCGUUGGACUCUACAGCCGAGGUUGCUGUCAUUCCUGAAUCAUCCAGACUUCCUUUACUUUCUAGACAUCACACUAACAGUUCUCCCACACAGACUUCGUCAUCAUGUACUGCUGAGCAAAAAGGCUCAACUUCCAAUUCCUCUCCCAGUAAAUCUUUGAGCUUCCCUUCAAGUGACAAACCCUUCCUCAGCUUAGUGAAGUCUCUCUCCUCUGACAUGGAGUCUCGCGAUGGGAUCCCUUCUGUUGCUGCUUCUACAGUAAGGCAUAGGCACCUCAUGAAGACUCUUGUCAAAUCUUUGUCUUCAGAUACAUCCCAGGACUCAUCGUCCUCCUCUUCCUCCUCCUCCACUCCCUACCGUCUUCCAGAACCUCGCCUUAACCUGCAACUUUUCAAGCAAUUCACACAGUCCCGGACGUCGUCUGCUGCCGUGUCAUUGGCUGGUGAUUCUAAAACUGCCCCUUCCUCUCCUUUAACCUCACCAGAAAACCGCAGCUUCUUCAAAGUCUCAGAAGUCGAGGCAAAAAUUGAAGACACUAAACGCCGUCUCUCUGAGGUCAUCUCUGAGCCUCUCCAGCUGCUGAGUAAGAUCAUGGAUGAAAAGAGUGGCAGUUUAGUCAGUAGCAGCAUUUACCGGCCCAAGGUCCUCUCUGCCAGUGCUACAGAACUCUCUAACAUUACUGCUGUCAAUGGUCAUCUGGAGAGCAACAACAAUUACUGCAUCAAAGAAGAAGAAGGAGGUGACUUGGAGGCUGAAAACCCUAACAGUGGGACCUCAGGUCCUGCUGAAUCUCCUAUUCUCCUUUCUGUUGACACUAAGAGUCCCAACAAAUCAUCUUUACUUUCCAUGUCACUGGACAAAUGCUCUAUGUCUGCUCUUGCUAAACAAGAGGAUGAGGACUAUUGCAUUCUGUGCAAAGAGGACUUUGAGAAUUGUACUGACACAGAAGCUGAUGUGGGUGAUAGAACUGAUGAUACUGGAACCUGGAGUCAAACUAAAGUGCCACUGAGUGGUAGUACUGAACCAUGCAGUGAAGAUGAAUCUGAAAGUAUUGAGCCAGUGCCUACUGUUCCUCAUUAUACUCUCACCAUCCUUACUCUACUGGUCUAUGGGUAUUUUGUAUUACCUUUGCCCAGUUACGUAGGAGGAAUGUUUCUUGGGAUUGGCCUGGGAUUCCUUUUAGCCAUUGGUGUUGUGUGGUUGACAGGACCAGAAACUUCGAGCAGUAGUUUUAGACAUUCUAGACACCAUCGGAAGCUGUGGAAUCUGCCAAAGUUGCACAUUAAGGAACCAGAAAUCUAUAAGGGCUGGAUGAAUGAGAUAUCGAGCUAUGACCCAGAGACAUACCAUGCCACACUGACACACUCUGUGUUUGUCCGGUUGGAGGGCUCUAUCAUCCGUCUGUCUAAACCCAACCACAACAUCGCCCGCCGUGCUACACACAACGAACCAAAACCUGAUGUCACCUACAUCAGUCAGAAGAUUUAUGACCUCACCAACAGCAAAGUACAUUUAGUGCCUCAGAGUCUAGCCAGGAAGCGCUUAUGGAACAAAAAAUAUCCCAUCUGCAUUGAACUUGGCAGACAGGAUGACUUCAUGUCAAAGGCUGAAGGUGACAGGUGGGAGGCCAGUGAGAGCUUCAACACACGGGACAGAGGAGAGGGGGCAACUGGAGGACAGGAGCGAGGCUCAUCUUCGUCCAGCAGAGAUCUGACCCUCUAUCUGUUUGGAAGGACUGGGAGGGAGAAGGAGGAGUGGUUUCAGCGCUUUCUAUUAGCUUCCAAGCUCAAGGCGGACUUGAAGAAAGCUUCAAGUGUUGUGGGGACUAAGAGCGCUCUGAGCUGUCACAGUCGCAGCAGCAGCCGCAGCAGUCUAGAUGAGGUACUGGCCUCUCAGCCCAGGUCAAAGGACUCCUCACCCUCCUUAACAACAGCAGGCAGUGCCAAAGUCAAGCCGCUACUGGACUACAGUGUAUACAUGGCCUCCAUACUGCCAAAGCAGGUAGCAGUCAGCCCUAUGGCUGCCAGCCCUGCACUCCUCAGUCCUCAGAGCAGCCCUGGAGCUGAUAAGAAGCUUCAGAGCACCACUUCAGCUCAGGUGCAGCCCAGUGGGGAGGAGGAGGAUGAUACUGUUGCCUGGGUGAAUGCAGCUCUUGGCCGGGCCUUCUGGGACUGCCUGAGUGAGCCCUACUGGGCUGAACUAGUCUCCAAGAAGAUUCAGAUGAAGCUCAGCAAGAUACGAUUGCCUUACUUCAUGAAUGAGUUAACCCUGACAGAACUGGAUAUGGGUUCGGCCACUCCCAGAAUCCUUCGGGCAUCCAAACCCUCCAUUGACUACCGAGGUCUGUGGUUCGACCUGGAGAUAUCCUACAGUGGGUCCUUCCUGAUGACCCUGGAAACCAAGAUGAACCUCAUUCGCCUGGGAAAAGAGGGAGAAGGUGUCCGCUUUGGAGAAUUUGGCAAAGAUGGAUACAGGCCACGUACUUACUGCCUAGCCGAUAGUGAUGAGGAGUCAUCCAGUGCAGGCUCGUCUGAUGAGGAAGAUUCCUCAGAACUCUCAAAUGACGCUGCUGGAGCUGAGGGUUGGGCUGGAGGCCACAAACCCAGCAAGAUCAUGCGCUUCGUGGACAAGAUCACAAAGUCCAAAUACUUCCAGAAGGCGACAGAAACGGAGUUCAUCAAAAAGAAAAUGGAGGAAGUGUCCAACACACCGCUUCUGCUCACUGUGGAGGUGCAGGAACUCCAAGGAAUGCUGGCUGUCAACAUUCCCCCUCCACCCACCGACAGGAUAUGGUAUGGCUUUAGGACACCGCCUCACCUGGAACUGAAGGCACGACCCAAACUGGGAGAAAGAGAAGUCACUCUCGCUCAUGUUACAGACUGGAUAGAGAAAAAACUGGACCAGGAGUUCCAGAAAAUCUUUGUAAUGCCAAACAUGGAUGACGUAUGGCUAACUAUCAUGCAUUCUGCCAUGGACCCACGCACAGCCGGUGGACCAUUAGUUGGUCCCGCAGUUGACCCAGAGCCUUCCCAGGCAGAGAGGGACAGCACAACCCAGCCAUGAAGAUUGUUUACAGUAUUUCCUAGAGCUUAUGAAGUCUUGAAAUGGUAACUGGAACCAAAGUCCAUAGGUCAGACGCUAAUACAAAUACAUUCCCACAGUGUGUGAGUUUCUCAUUUACCAGAUGAAUUUUAAUGGAAUAAGAUAGAGUUGUCCAAGGAAACACUAAACAAACUAUUGCUUGCUGCUCUGUCCGUUAGUAUUUAUCUUGCCUGAAGAAAAGGCUUUUGUCUUUGAAGGAUUUAUGUAACAGUAAGAACCUACUGAAUAGGGGAUGAAAUAUGAAGAGAGUCAUGUUUGGCUCAGAAUUGGGGUUGCGAAUAUAUUGAAAUAGAUAAAUACAUAAUGUUCUGUAAUGUCCAUUGAUGUAAAGCAUUCACCAGAUACCUUACAGUCGAUUCUGCAAAGGCUAGAGAGUGGAAAUAAAGCAUGCUAUCCCUGUAUGAUAGUAUGUUGACAAUGAGAGGUGUUUCAUAUUGAAUGAUUAGUGUGUGACUGCAAGUUGUUGAUUCCAUUGUGGAGAAAUAAUAAAGUGUAAGCAGGUUAACAAAGUGUACUGGAAAAGCUCAGAUACUUGAUGUUAGGUUUAUGUACUUUGUCAUAAAACUAGAGAUGCACCGAUACUGAUGUCAGGUGUCAUUCCGAUACUUACUCAGUUGGUUGGAUCCGCUAUCAAAUAAUAUUAUUUUAAUAGAUAAUAAUUCAGUACAUUGACAUUUAUGUUUUAAUUGUUACAGCUUAUCAUGCAAAGUUAAUUAAGCAAUGUUUACGUCAACCCAAUGUUGCCUUAUACAUAACAGAAUGAUCCCAGUGGCUUCCACAGAGAGGCAUACACUUCAUUAAUUAUACUCUGGUAUGGGAUCAGUACUCAAUAUGGGUCAAGUCCAAAGGCUUAGGUGUCAGAACUAAAAAAAUCAGAUCAGUGCAUCUCUACGUGAAACCUUUAAGUGGCUUUAUGUCUGCAGGUUUUUAUAUGGUGUUAGCAGUUAACAGUAUUCAUUUGUGCUGUGACCACACCCUUAACACCUCCCUUCAUUUGCCAAAACCUCCUUUUUAUGCCAAUGAUACCCUUAUCCAUGUCUAUAUGGAAAUAAAGUUUAAGAGUAGCCAUACAUUACCUAGGAAAAGUGUAAUUCAUUAUGAAAAUUCCAUAACACGAAAAGGGGAAUGAUUGAAAGGCUACAGUACGCUGCAGUAUGAUAUGAUGUAUAGAUAUCAUGUAAAAGUGUAUAUCUAGUGAGAAGUACAAGGCCUCUAACACGUCUGUUGAAUGUAUGUAUGGAUAGUAUUUGAUUCCUGUCAUUAUUGAAUGAUAGUUUUGACUGUGGUAUGCAAAUUAUUGCACAAAUAUAAGUGAAGGUUUUCUAUUUGCUUUCAUGUGAUAAACACUAUCAUCUUGCAUAUCUUUUUUCAUGUGUCAUUCAAUCAUUAGGUUUAUGGAGUACCAGUUGGUGUAUUUUUCUGUACAUCAUAUAGACUACUGGUGUUAAUGUUGAUAAUGAUAUUGUUGGAAGUGAAUUUAAAUGGCCAAUUCUGAUAUGUGACAGUGCUUUAAAAAAGACUGUACCUGCCAUACUGUAUGUACAUGAUUAGGUGAAGAUUAAUAAGAAUGUACAUACUGUAUGGUAGAGCAUCUGUUGCCAAGAAUGUAUAUCCUUAUCUACAGGUUUCCUUUCUUAAAAUACGCUUUUAACCCUUUCAUAGUUCUAAGUCCUUUGAUUAGGCCUAUGUUGCCAGACAUAACUCCCCCCCUCCCUCUCUCUCUCUCUCUCUCUCUCUCUCUCUCUGUCUCUCUCUCCCUCCCUCCCUCCCCCCCUCUCUCUCUCUCUCUCUCUCUCUCUCUUUCUCUAUCUCUAUCUCUCUCUCUCUCUCUCUCUCUCUGUCUCUCUCUGUCCCUCCCUCCCACCCCCUCUGCUCAAAGGUACACAUCCUGUUAUGACAUAGCACUGUAAGGUACUAUUUACAAAUGUGCUACAAUACUUGCAUUAACUUUGUUUACAGGAAUUCUUACCUUGUUCUCUCUCUUAGGAUACUGAAGCACUGUAACAUGAAAUGGAUUUUUUUUUUCUGAAUGAUUGUCUUUCCCUUUAUGUCUUGGUUACUUUUUGUUAAGUAUUUGUUUUUGAAUGAUUACAUGAGAUGGGUUGUGGUUGUAUUUUUGUCAACUUCUUUGGAAUAAACAGAAUGAAGUGGGAUUUUUGAGGCUAUAUGAAGAUAUGCUAUGAUUUGUAUUUGUGAAUUAUUAAUGACUUUUUCAAAUUAACAUGUAAUUCUAAGGCCAAAUUCAGCGAUUAUAUAUUUGCCUUAUUUAUAGAGCAAAAUAAAUCUGUCAAUGAAAGCCA